GCUCAGAACUGUCUUACAUAUUUUUUCCUAGCGUUUAUGGUAUUUUUAAAGCGUUCGGAGACAGGUGUAGCCUCGGGAGGGUGAGGUGUGUCACGGCUAGGGAAUAUUCUCUUUAGGAAACAGUUCCCAAAAGGAUGCCCGUCCCAGACUCAGGGCCAGGCUGCCUUCCUCCCGGAAGUCUCUGACUCUAGCGGACUUUCCCUGACUUUCCCCGUUUUUCUCAAUUUCGGAGAGAGAGAGAAGCGGAUCGCAGGACCAUUCUAGAUUAAAAUGGCUGUUGCUCUUAGGGAAGGCGGAGCGGAAGGCAACACCCCAGUUGCACGAUUUCACGCCGCGGAUCCGGGAGGCACAGGGUGGGCUUCUUGGGUCAAACCUACGCGCGUCCCGGCCCCAAGCAGCAACCCAGGGGGAAGAAGGGACAGAAGGAAGGAGGUCGCCGGAGAGCCUGGGAGCCGCCCCGGCCGAGAUGCCCCGUGUGGCUUCUCGGAGCCCCGGGCGUCCAGGGAUCGAGCCCAGGCCACGAGCCCGCGCGGGCAGUACUCACCCCGCCUGCGUAGUAGCCGCCGCCGGCGCCGGGAUGCCCGGGAUACGCCAUGCUGCACUCUGCGCCGCCGCCCAGCGCCUCCCGCCUCCCCUCCUGCCCGCGGGGACCGCCCAGGGCCGCACCACCCGGGGCCGCGGGGUACGCGCCUGAGGUUGCCGCCCGCGCCAGGCUCCGCUCCCGGCCUCCGCCCCUUCCUGUCCUUCGCCCGGUCUUUGGUGUUUUCUCUUCUCAGGCCCUGAAGAACCCGAGGUCUGGCGACACGGUCAUCUCAAGGUUAAGCUGGAUGUGACUCAGAUAUGGCCUGAAGAGGACAGCGGGCACUUACUGGACAGGGCAGCCUCGGCCGGAUUGUUCUUAUAAGUUGAGUUGUUCCAAUUAUCUGGAUGAUUCAGGCAAAACAAUCCCGUCUCCAAAAUCACUCAGCUACUUUUUAUGCAAGAAAAGUUUAGUGCAGGCAGAGUGUGUUGGUAAAAAACACACUUGUCAGGAAGGUAAGAGAACUGGAUCUUGGAGUGUCACUCAGGUGAUUCAGGAAACAGUUUUCUUUACUUCACAGCUUUGUUUUUUCACCCAGUUUAACAGUUUGAAGCAAUUCAGACGUGAGAUUUUCUGGUUUGGUUUUGUUUCAUGCAAUUUCUAUCACGCAGAAUUCUUUGAAUUUCAACAAUUUCUUAUUGUUUUAAGAAAUGUAACAAUAAGCAAGAUUCACAGUAUUUGCUAUGGAGGUUGCACAGAAAAAUUGAAUGAGUCAUCGACAUUUGACAAAUAUUGGAGCGCCUGCUAUGUGUGGGACAGGGCCUGCUCAUGUGGUGGACUGGGUUCUCACUAGGGUCAUUGUUUUCCUCUCAUGUAUAAACUUCCCUCUCAAGUUCUCCUUUUGGAUCCCAUAAACCUCAAAAUGAAAGUCCUGAAUUGUGAGAAAAAUUCUAGUAUUUCCUGUUGUCUUAUAUCAAAUCAACUAUACAUUACUUGCUUUGUGUUUGAUUCAGGAAGUUGAUUGCUGUUUUCAAGUACCACAGUCGUCGUCAAGGUAGAUUAGAGAUAUGAGUCCUUUGGCCUAUAUGGAGGGUUUUAUUUUUUCCCUAGUAUUUUUAUUGUAGUAAAAACACAACCUGAAAUCUUCCUGCCCAAGUGUACAGUGCGCUAUUGUUAAAAGCAUCCACAGUGCCGCAGAGCAGGUCUCCAAAACUUUUCCUCUCACAUAACUGAAGGUCUCUACCAGUAAACAACUCUCCAUUUCCUCUUCAGAGGCCCUGGCAACCACCAUUCUACUUUCAGUUUCUAUGAGUUUGACUAUUUUAAAUGCCUCAUAUAAGUAGAAUUUUGCAGUAUUUGUCUUCUUGUAAUUGACUUAGCAUAGUGUCCUUGAAAUUCAACCAUGUUGCAGAAUAUGAUAGGAUAUCCUUUUUUAAGGCGGGAUAACAAUGCAUUGUGUGAUAUAUGCCACAAUGAAAAACAUUCAUGUAUAGAUAGACAUUUGGGUUGCUGCCACAUCUGGGUUAUUGGUGAAUAAUAUUGCUGUGAACAUGGGUGCAAAUAUCUCUUUGAGAUUCUGUUUUCACUUUUUUUUGGAUAUAUAUCCAGAAGUAGGGUUGCUAGAUCAUAUGGUCAUUCUAUUUUUAAUUUUUGAGGAAACUCCACACUGUUUUCAUGGCAGCCUCACCAUUUCUAGUUCCCACUAAUAAUGUGCAGGAUUUCCAAUUUCUCCACAUACUUUCCAACACUUGUCUAUUUUUUUUUUCUUCUUAUAAUGAUAGCCAUCUUGGCAGAUAUGAGGUGAUAUCUCGUGGUUUUGAUUUGCAUUUCCCUGGUAAUUAGUGACACUGAGCAGUUUUUCAUAUACCUGCUAUGCAUUUGUAUAUCUUCUUUGUUAAAAUUUUAGAGAAUAACUUCUUGUCAGAUAUAUGUCUUGCAAAUAUUUUCUCUCGUUCUGUGAGUUGCCUUUUCAUUCUGUUGUUUCUUUGCGGUGCAGAACCUUUUUAAUCCGACUUACUUAUUUAGUUUGUGUUGCUUGUGCUUUUGCUGUCAUAGCCAUGAAAUCAAUGUCAAGGCUAAUGUCAUAAAGCUUUUCCCUUAAGUUUUCUUUUAAGAAUUUUACAGUUUUAGAUCCUAUAUUUAAGUCUUUAUUCCAUUUUGAUUUUUGUGUUGAUUGUUGUGUAUGGUGUGAAAUAGGGUCCAAUAAUCACUCUUUUGCAUGUAAGCAUCCAAUUUUCCCCAGUGGCUCAGUGGUUUAAAAAAAAAAAAAAAAAAAAGAAUCCACCU